AUGGCCAGCUGGCAUCAGGAGCAGGGGGCUCUGCGUGUGGCACCCUGGCGGGGACGUGUCCUGCCUGGGGGGCCGCAGGGCCGUGGCAGCGUGCCAGUGGGGCAAUGCUCAGCGCUGGCCAUGUGCUCCUUGCAGGCGCUCCCAGCCGUGCUGUGCUGCAGGACGCUGCUCACCUUCCUGGUGGUCCUCGGGGCGCCGGUGAGAGCCUGGAAGGGGCCAAGCUGCGAGCAGCUUCUGUCGGCCCCCGGCGCCGGGGACAGAGGCAAGCUGACAAGGCAAGAAACCACCGGCGCUAAUGAGAUGCUGCCCGGUCUCCCUGAAAUGAGGAGAAGUGACCAUGGCUCUGGGAAAGGGUCUCAUCCGGACAAAGCCAGCCCACCGCUGCUAGAGGGGUCAGCAAGAAAAGCAUUGCCCUGGCUGAUGAGCCCUGCCACCAAGAGACCUGCUCCUGGGAAAAAGGUGAGAAAGGUGUCCCUGUCACUUGAUGUCCCCACCUACAUACUGAAAAUCCUGCUCGACCUGGCCAGAGAGAAGGAGCUGCAGGCCAAGGCGGCUGCCAACGCCAAGCUGAUGGCCCGCCUCGGGCGCAGGAAAUAA